UUAUAAAAAGAGCGGACCGACUAAUCGAGUACAACACUGUUAAAUUUGGAUCAAGAUUUUUCUAGCAUAUUUGUAAAAUGUCUGGGACAUUGAAACCUUAUCUAACAGCGGUAAGGAGAACACUUACUGCUGCUAUGUGUUUGGAGAAUUUCUCUUCUCAAAUUGUUGAGAAGCAUAAUAAGCCUGAGGUUGAAGUCAGAGCCAGUAAGGAGCUUCUCUUAACUCCCAUAUUGAUCAGUAGAAACGACAAAGAGAAGGUACUGAUUGAAUCCAGUAUUAACAGUAUGAGAAUAAGUAUCGCUGUGAAACAGGCAGAUGAUUUAGAGAAGAUUUUGUGUCAUAAUUUUACAAGAUUCAUGACAAUGAGAGCGGAACAUUUUAUCAUUCUCAGGAGGAAACCUGUGGAGGGGUAUGAUAUUAGUUUUUUAAUUACCAACAUUCAUGUAGAACAAAUGUACAAACACAAAAUUGUAGACUUUGUCAUUCACUUCAUGGAAGAGAUUGACAGAGAGAUCAGUGAUAUGAAAUUAUCCAUGAAUGCCAGAGCUCGCAUCUGUGCAGAAGAAUUUCUAAAGAGGUUUUAAUUCCUGGAACACAGUGUGUUGCCAACAUAGCAAUAAUUGCAAAUGUCAGGUUACUGAAAGUAACAAUGCCCAUAAAUUAAGCCGACUAAUGCUGUUAGAAUUCAUCUAAGGAUAACUUCUGCAAACAGCCUUUUACCCAAAUACCGAUCCCUGCUGUUUUCCAGUUAAAAGAUCCAUUAAGUACAGUUUUCGAUUAAUCCGUAUCAUCGUCAGCUGUCGAACGAUGAAUAAGUCUGAGGUGCAUGUAAGUUCAAUAAGUUAUUAAUUCUGUGCAUCAUUGCCAAUGGUAGCAAAUUGGGGAAUGCGCAUACUUCUCCCAAAAGAAGUAAAUGGAAUGUUGUACUGGUAUUUAUUGAGAACGCGUGUUAACAUUAAUUUUAACGUUCUCGAAUCUGGAAUAUAAAACUAAGAGCCACUUUAUAAACUUUAUACGUGAGAAAUGUAAUCUCGUAGAAUGGGUCAGAUUUUUUGACGUUUAGAUUAUUUCCAUUUUGUAAUCGUGAUCAGUCCAUGGUGCACGUUAUUUUUACAGCACGCUAAGGAUUAAGGUACGAAUUGUGGAUAUGGACUGGAAUUUAACUGAUUUUUUACAGAGGAUUCUUACCACGGUACUUCAGUGAUUCAUUAAUACUUGUAAUUUAAUAUCGAGUACUUUUACAAGCGUGCGAUGCACGUUAGGAAGGCUCAUUUUAUCCAUCGCCGGAACAUUUUUAACGGACAUUCCUAAUUCCGAUGCCCAUCGUUUAUUGAUCAGUGCAUUGUUAACAAUUAGUAACUAUAAACACAACUAACGUCCAUCGAUAUUGGGUAUUAUAAUGCGUUGAACAACUGCCAAAACACUAUUUUAGCAAAGCAGAGCGAUCAAACGACUGUAAUUACAAUUAUCUUAAUCGAUACAUUUAGCCCUAAGAUUUCUGUACUGUAAUUACCAGAUGUGUGACGUGUCUUUAUCGCGGCGUAUUUAGAACGAAACAGAGCUGUACUUUAAAAUUCUCUUUACCUUCCGCCGUGACUCAGAUUCGAACACCCUGAACAGUAUAUAUUUCAAUUUUCGUUGAACAUCGUUUGAUUGCCGCCCCUCCUUUCGAUGAUGCAUUCGUUAGACCUUUACACGCUCUGUCGAUGAACACGUGCUUCUCAGAGCAACCACGAAACGGGGUGUGGCGUAUGCGCAAAGCGUGGGUGCAAUUCCUUUUGCAUUCACGAAUGUUCUAUUCAUCUUACGAAUCAUUGUAACCGUAUGAUUUAACACUAAUGUAAAUAUAAAUAAAACGAUAAGAACGAGGA